CCCGCCCGCUCGCCCGCAGGACCAUGGCCAACACGGAGCGCACCUUCAUCGCCAUCAAGCCGGACGGCGUGCAGCGAGGCCUGGUGGGCGACAUCAUCAAGCGCUUCGAGCAGAAGGGGUUCCGCCUCGUGGCCAUGAAGUUCCUUCGGGCCUCUGAGGACCUCCUGAAGCAGCACUACAUUGACCUGAAAGACCGCCCCUUCUACCCUGGGCUGGUGAAGUACAUGAACUCGGGGCCUGUGGUGGCCAUGGUCUGGGAGGGGCUGAAUGUGGUGAAGACGGGGAGAAUGAUGCUUGGGGAGACCAAUCCAGCAGAUUCUAAGCCAGGCACCAUUCGCGGAGACUUUUGCAUUCAAGUUGGCAGGAACAUCAUUCAUGGCAGUGAUUCAGUCAAAAGUGCUGAGAGAGAAAUCGGCCUAUGGUUUAAGCCUGAAGAACUGGUUGACUACAAGCCUUGUGCUUUUGACUGGAUCUAUGAAUAAGAGGUGGACAAGCAUCAGUCGGUUCCCUUUGGCUCCACAGUUCAUUCCAUUAACUUGGAAGCAAUAGGAUCCAUCUUUUCUAACGCGUAUUUACCAAUAAAGCCUUUGGAAACUGGG